AUGCUGCGUCUCAGCCUCCUGCUAGCAGUGCUAGCGUUAACUCUAAAUCAGUCCACCGCCUUCCGUACGAGUUUUCGCGCCCCGUUUCAAGUGCCGCAUGCGACGCAGCAAGUGUGCAGAUCGCAGCAGGAGACGGUCAGGACGGCUCCCUUCUCCCUUCGCAUGUCAUGCACGGACGCGACAGACGCUUCAUUCAAGGACCUCGUGCUUGACUCUGAAGUGCCGACCCUGGUCUCCUUCUGGGCGCCAUGGUGCGGGCCGUGCCGGAUGAUCAAGCCCGUCCUGGACGAGAUCGCGGCAGACUACAAGGGGAAGCUGAAGUUGGUUCAGAUCAACACGGACGAGAACCAGGAGACGGCAACGGAGUAUGGGAUCAGAAGUAUCCCAACGCUGAUGCUGUUCAAGGAUGGAGAGAAGCUGGAUACAAUCAUCGGAGCAGUGCCCAAGAGCACGUUGGAGGCGAAGUUGGCACAGAAGUUGACAUGA